AUGUCACUACCCUCGCGUCCUUUGAGACUGCUCUUACUGGGGGCUCCAGGGGCUGGGAAAGGUACCCAAACUUCAAAGUUGUUGGAACAUUACACAGGGCUGCUUCCGAUAAGUUCUGGGGAUCUUUUGAGAAGAGAAAUACAAAACAAGACAGAAAUCGGCUCUUAUGCUUCAGGAAUCAUCGCCAAAGGUGGUCUUUUACCAGAUUUCGUGAUCAGUGGGCUCAUUUUCAAUGAAUUAAAGGACAAAUCACUACUCAACUCCAAGGCAUCAUGGUUACUAGAUGGGUUCCCAAGAACUUUACCUCAAGCUAGACUACUGACCGAAGAUUUAACCAAAAAAGAUGCCAAUUUGAACUUGGUGGUGGAACUUAAGGUACCAGAGAAAGUCAUUUUGGAAAGAAUAGAGAACAGAUGGGUGCACAUUCCAUCAGGAAGAAUUUACAAUUUACAAUAUAACCCACCAAAACAGUUUGGUAUUGAUGACGUUACAGGAGAACCAUUAAGUAAAAGACCAGAUGACAAUGCUGAAGUGUUUCAACAAAGAUUGAAUGCGUAUCAUGAAACUAUUAACCCGGUAAAGGAUUUUUAUAAAGGAUUAGGGAUCCUACAUGCUGUCGAGGGAGAAACUUCAGACAUAAUAUUCCCAAAGCUACUAGAUCUGAUACAGAAGAACUUCAAUUAG